AUGGAGAAGAAUUGGGAAACAGAGGGCGAGUUCCUGUUAUUCCUGGCAUCGGGACGCUGCAGUGGCUGUUGUCUCGCCAGAGCUCAGGCUGGCAGUCAGCACAAACUGGAGGUAAUUGAGAGGGAGAAGUCCCAGCCAGUUGCAAAGGGGGGCCUCCACGGGCCUCUGAAUGCCACCGACUUUGUAAGGCUAGGCUUGGUUAACGCCUCUCUCACUGUGUUGUUUUCGUUGUGGGACAAGUUACAACUUUAUCAUUCUUACUGGUACGUCGACUUUGGUGACCUCACUGUUGAACAUAUUUUCCAGAACUUGACGACUAAAGAUAACAAGAAGUUGGUGAUCACCUCAGCUGCCUUUCAAGAUCACAUCACACGGACCCUGCUGCAGCUGAAUGUCUCACUUUCUGACCCUUUGCUGACAUGCAAAAGAAAAGCACCCAGAAAUCCACAAGCAAGAAAAAGAGUGGGAAAGGGUCUGCAAGAUGGACAAGAAGAGGGAGAAUAUGUGCUUGAUGCUGCUCCACCUCCUUUAACAUUAGCACAGAAAAUGGGUUUGGUGGCGACCCCAGCAGGGAGACUGACAGAGGACGAAUGGACUCAGGCAAAGGCGAGGUCUGUUCAGCAGGGGGAAUCAGCACAGCCCUGUGCAAUAUGCAAGGAGGAGUUUUGCCUCCAGCCUCAGGUGUUGCUGUCUUGCUCUCAUGUGUUUCACAGAGCAUGUCUGCAAGCCUUUGAGAUGUUUUCUGGGAGGAAGUGCUGCCCAAUGUGCAGGAGGGAACAGUAUGAAACACGGGUGAUCCAUGAUGCAGCAUGCCUUUUCAGACACCAGUGUGCCACCAGAAUUCAAGCCUGCUGGCGAGGCUACGUUGCUCGAAAGUGGUACAGAAAUAUGAGGAAAACCAUCUGCCCAAAAGACAAACGGCUAAGACGGAAAUUCUUCGAAGCAAAGUUGCAGGAGUUGAAUGACAGCUUUGUCCGAUACUGUCACACCGACACGGAGGCUUUUCUGAGUGAUAUCGACCGCUCCCUGUCAUCAAGCAGGCGAGUGUUCCAGCAGCUGGAGAGAAAGCACGUCCCCGAACCUCAGGAGAACGACUGGGACCGAAUACAGAGCCAGGUUAUCCACAGAGGUGUCUGGGACUGCCCCAUCUGCCUGACCGCACUUUAUAGUCCCAGCCUCACAACACAAGCUGGUGGAUCAAAACAACAACAUAGACGCACAGUGCUCCUGUCCUGUUCUCACCUCUUUCACCAGCUCUGUUUAGAGGUGUUCGAGGCCUUCACUGCAGACAGCAGACCAACUUGCCCCCUUUGCAGAUCAGUCUACCACAAAAAACUCAUCUAA